ACACUGGAUGGAGUGGUGCACGCACUUGUCCGUGUGCGCACGCGUUUAUGCGAGUGCGCUCUCACGUUCUUGAAUUUGUCCCGCGGAUGCCUGAGAGGGGAAGAUCUCCUCCAGUUUGCAAGCACUGCAAAAGUGUUGCUGGCACGAGGCGAUGCGCGCACUGAGUCUAGAGAAGCGGACGUGGUGAGACAAACAGAUUUUUUUGAGGGCACGGAGACGAAACUGCAAGCGAUAAACAGGAACGACAUCAUCAAACCCCGAUCAUAACUCUGUAUUUCCAUUUUUUAUGAGCACGCGCUUACAGAAAGCGAAGCGGGGGGCGUCGCGCGUGUGGGGUGCACCGUCUACUUGUUAUUUCACCAGGACAGUUCAGUCUGACCGGCCCGGCUCUCGAGUACCAACGCUGCCGUGCGCUCCGAUGAUGGACCAACCUCGGUAAUUCAGUGAAGGAGACGAGCCGCCCCGGAUGACAGCAAGUCCACCGUGGUUUGAGAAAAUGGGUUGUUUUUACAUUGUGGCGGGGAGGGCUCUGCUGUAACACCGGCGGAUCAUGGCAGGGGUACACGCUUCAGAUGGGGUGUCGGGACAUUUAUUGGAUCCUGCCAUCAGCGCCCCGCCAGCUCAGGGCGCGACCAACGCUGCGGGGAUCACCGGCGAUGCGGCCGCUCUGCCUCUGACUGGUACCCGGACGUACUUGGAGGUGUCGGCCGCCGCUCAGGGGUACGGGGCGGAGGGAGUUUACACCAAUGGACGGUACAGGGACCACGGCAGUCCAAGGAUCGGGAGUGGCAGCCGUGAUAAUUCAGCGGAGAGAAGUCAGGGAGCUGGAAACACACCUUGCGGCAUCAUGAAGGAUGGUUCCAAACAGAGGCAGGUGAGGAAGAAAACGGUAUCCUUCAGCUCGAUGCCGAGCGACCGCAAGAUCAACAGCACAGCUGCUUGCAUGGCCUUCAUGAUGGAGGGUUGUGAAAUGAAGAAGGUGCGCUCCAACUCGCGUAUGUACAACCGCUACUUCCUGCUGGAUCCGGACAUGCACUGGUUGCGUUGGGAGCCAUCCAAGAAAGAUUCAGAGAAGGCUAAACUGGAAAUCAAGAGCAUUAAGGAGGUCCGUUUGGGGAAAAAAACUCCUGUUCUCCGCAGCAAUGGCCUCUCUGAUCAGUUUCCUGAUGAAUGCGCUUUCUCGAUCAUCUAUGGGGAUAACUACGAGUCCUUAGACUUAGUGGCUAGCACAGCAGAUGUUGUCAGCACCUGGGUGAUGGGCCUGAGGUAUCUGGUGUCUUAUGGCCGCCACACUGUGGAUAUGGUGGAACCGAGUCAGCAAAGUCUACGAACAUCUUGGAUUGGAUCAGUGUUUGAGCUAGCGGAUGUGGAAAAGGAAGGACACAUAGACCUAUUCAGAGCCACCCAGAUAAUUAAGGGGCUCAACCCUGGAAUGAAAGAGUCUAGGAUACAACUGAAAUUCAAAGAACUCCAGAAAGCUAAAGACCAGUACGGAGAGGCAAUUAACUUGGACACUUUUGUUGAGGCCUACUGUGAGCUAUGCACACGGCCAGAGAUUUUCUUCCUGCUGGUGCAGUUCUCCAGUAACAAGGAAUAUCUUGACAGCAAAGAUCUGAUGCUUUUUGUAGAGGUAGAGCAGGGUGUGGAAGGAGUAACAGAGGACAUGUGCAGGGAUAUUGUUCAGAAAUUUGAGCCAUCUGCUGAAGGCAGGGAGAGAGGCUACCUCUCCAUUGACGGUUUUACACACUACCUCCUGUCCUCAGAAUGCCACAUUUUUGACCCCCAGCACAAACGUGUAUGCCAGGAUAUGACGCAACCUCUUUCCCAUUACUACAUCAACUCCUCGCAUAAUGCUUCCCUUCUGGAGGACCAUUUCUGGGGUUCGUCAGACAUCAGCAGCUACAUCCGAGCUCUGAGGAUGGGGUGUCGCAGCAUUGAAGUAGUUGUAUGGGAUGGCCCUGAUAAUGAACCAGUAGUGUAUGUGGGCAGUUCGGUAGCCUCACAGCUAGCUUUCUCUAAAGUUCUGGACAUUAUUAACCAAUAUGCUUUUGAGAGCUCUGAGUACCCCCUUAUUCUCUGCUUAGUGACCCACUGUUGCAUUCCCCAGCAGAGGGUCAUGGCACAGCACACGAAGAAGAUUCUCGGGGACAAGCUGUAUAUUGACUCACCCAACAAGGAGGAAAACUACCUACCCUCUCCUGAGAAACUCAAAGGUAAAAUCCUCCUUAAAGGCAAGAAGCUGCCACCCAGCUGUACUGAUGCUGAAGGGGAUGUGACAGAUGAGGAGGAGGGUCUGGAAAUGUCCCAAAGAGUGGGAACUGAUGAGAAAGACCAGCUGAAUGGCUUGGGCUGUAAGACAUUCAGGCUGUGCAGAGAGCUGUCUGAUCUUGUAUCUCUCUGCAAGUCAGUCCAGUUCAGGGACUUUGAGUUCUCUAAGAGGGAACAAAAGUACUGGGAAAUAUGUUCCUUCAAUGAGGUAGAUGCAAACAAGUUUGCUAAUGAGUUUCCAGAAGAAUUUGUCUGCUAUAACAAGCGCUUCCUCUCCAGGGUAUAUCCCACUCCCAUGAGGAUUGAUGCUAGCAACAUGAACCCCCAGGAUUUCUGGAAAUGUGGCUGCCAGAUUGUGGCCAUGAACUAUCAGACUCCAGGCCUGAUGAUGGAUCUCAACCUAGGGUGGUUCAGGCAGAAUGGCAACUGUGGGUAUGUUUUACGGCCAGCCAUUAUGAGGGCGGAGGUGUCCUACUUUAGUGCCAAUGCUCGGGACUCCCUUCCAGGAGUGUCUGCACAGCUUCUUCACAUCAAAGUCAUCAGUGGGCAGAAUCUUCCCAAGCCUCGUGGUUCUGCUGCUAAAGGGGAUGUGGUGGAGCCCUACAUAUAUGUGGAGAUACAUGGCAUACCAGCUGACUGUGCUGAGCAAAGAACCAAGACUGUGUCUCAGAAUGGUGACAACCCUAUUUUUGAUGAGAGUUUUGAAUUCCAGAUUAAUUUACCUGAACUUGCAGUACUGCGUUUUGUGGUUCUAGACGAUGACUACAUCGGAGAUGAGUUCAUUGGCCAGUACACCAUCCCAUUUGAGUGCCUACAGCCAGGCUAUAGGCAUGUCCCUCUGCAGUCUCUUACAGGAGAGUUCUUACCCAACACGACCUUGUUUGUUCACGUGGCCAUCACUAACAGACGUGGUGGAGGAAAGGGUCAUAAGAGGGGUAUAUCUGUCAGGAAGAGUAGGAAGGCCCGGGAGUACACCACAACCAAGACCACAGGAAUCAAAGUAGUGGAUGAGCUCUUCAGAGCUUCCACCCAGCCUCUCAGGGAGGCCACAGACCUCAGAGAAAAUGUGCAGAAUGCAAUGGUGUCCUUCAAGGAGCUCUGUGGUCUGACCCCUGCAGCCAACAUGAAGCAGUGUAUCUUGACGGUGUCUACAUGGCUGAUGAACAGCGAGAGAUCGCUGAGGGUAACUGUGGACCUGAGCGAGACCUAUCCCACCAUGGAAGCUCAGGGUGUUGUGCCUGAGCUGCUGCGCAAAGUACUGAACGCCUAUGACAUGCUGAUCCAAACCAGCAAAACGCUGAUUGAGUCAGCUGAUGUGGUCUACUCCAAGCUCACACAAGCACAACGAGCAGGUUUGGACUUCCAUGAGGACCUGCAUCGCAUUGGAGCAAAGGAGGGUCUGAAAGGACGUAAACUGCAGAAGGCUAUGGAGAGCUACGCUUGGAACAUCACUGUGCUGAAGGGCCAGGCUGACCUGCUAAAGCACGCAAAGAGUGAGGCACUGGACACUCUGCGUCAGAUCCACUGUGCAGCUCAGUCCUGUGGCCUCAGUAAAAAUGGAGCAGCUUCCCCACAGCUUCAGCACCAUCCUCACCACCAGCCGCAGCAGACACAGCAGCAGCCUCAGGCCAAGACCCACCCAACGCCUCCACUGCUGUGCCAACCCCAAAAUCAGCUCCAGUCUCAGACCGCACCUCAGGCUUAUCUGCACCCGCAUCCCCAGCAAUAUCCCCAGCUGCAUCCCCAGCUAUCGGCUCCUCCUCUGGCCCCACCUGUUCCAAAACCACCUGCCUACCCUCAACCGCCACCGCUACCCCAGCACCAGUUUCAGUUCCAAAACCAGCAGCAGAGGGCAGCAGUACCUCUCGACACCAUCCCCGAGAAAGAAAAAGAGACUGUCAGUGACAGUCCUGCGGGAUCCUGCUGACCCGCUGCCUGUGCCCACAGAGAAUCCGUCCCAAAGAGAGACAGUGAGACAGAGAAGCAGAAAGGUGUAGAAAGAAAGCAAGAGGUCAGUAAAGAAAGAGAGAUGGAAGAAGUUGCUGAGAAAUUAAAAGAGAUGAUGAUGAGGAGGAAGCCUCGUCGUGUUAGAAGCGAGACGCAAGUUUGAGAGGUGAUUUGAGUUGGCCAGAGAUAUGAAAGAGAAGAGAGAUACUACACUUCAGCUAGAAGUGAAAAGCAGAAGGAUAACGGCUGAAAACAUCAGUGAGUUACAUAUCCCUGUCUCUCUCUGGGCACUGCUAUUUUCAAGCCCCUCCACGAUGUACUCUAGCUCUGUGGGUACAGGCUUUACCUCACUUUGGCAUUUAAUGCCACAAAUUUGCCUUUUUUAUUUUCAGAGACUCCUUGGCAUGUCUUCAAGUGUUUAUUUCUUCACAUUCACACUUUCCCUCCCACAACUAAGACAUACAGGAAACCCUCACUUAUUUUGAUGAUGAAGAGGAGGCCAUUUUAAUUUAGUGGCACAAAGUAGAGCAGCUCUGCUAGUCUGUAGGGGUCACAAAUGGCCAUUUCAGCACAAAAUAAGCAGCUAUAGUGCUAAAAUAGAAAAAAAAAAUCACCCUGAUGUAUUAUUGCUGGUGUCAGUCUUCAUCAGGCCCCUCAGAUCUCUAGUGUCAUUUCUCUUAGGGUUUAAGUUCUCCGGCAUUCUUGGACACUCCCCACACAAUCUUUUUGUCUCCUUCCUAGGGGCUACGUAUAUGAUGUUAUGUGAGUUGAUGUCCUGGUCCCUAGGAUGGAGCACGUCCUUAAGUGGCGGAGUUCACCAGUCAGUCACAACUGGAAUAUUUGACCCCUCCCGUUAGAGGUCAAAGAUCAUCAGGAACAUGAUACUGCUGUCUAUAAGAAUAAAGUGACUAUAGAUGUAAAAUGUAUGCAAAGUGUAUGAAGGGAACAUAUAUUGCUAUAAUAAUUCUCGGACAUUCAUGAUUGAUAUUAUUAUAACUGUUGUUAGUUUUAUUGAUAUUCUAAGUAUUUUUUAACAUUACUUCCACAUACACAGUGAUUUGACACCUGUUGUUCUGUGGUGCAGAUCAAGCCAACCAGUGCAUGUGCCAUUGGAAUGAAAGGUUUAGGGGUUAGCACCACAACACAACAGUCGAACAAUAACCUGACGUGUUUCACUUCAAAGUGAGUGUGGAUUCUGUAAGAGAUCUCUUAAGUGGCCCAUUAAAACUGGCUUCAUUGUU